CGUCCGAGUAAUCCCCUCCACCUCCCUCUCCCCCGUAACCGGCCAACAACACCAAACGCCCGGAAUGGAUCGCAUGUCAGCCAUCGACUUCGCCCGCGUCGGAGCGCAAAAACUCUGGGCCGGCACCGUAUCCAUCCACGCCAACGCCAAAACGGGAGCCCACCAUCACGGUCACCUCGAGUCGGUGAUUUACGUCCUUCACGGCCGCGCUCGCAUGCGAUGGGGAGAGAAGUUGGAAUUCACGGCGGAGGCUGGACCGGGAGAUUUUAUUUAUGUUCCGCCGUAUGUGCCGCAUCAGGAAAUUAAUGCGAGUGUGGAUGAGAUGUUGGAGUGUGUGUUGGUGAGGAGUGAUAGUGAGGCUAUUGCGGUGAAUUUGCCGAAUGUGGAACCUGUGGAGAGGCCGGAGUUGGUGAAGUGGAUUGAUCCUACGCAUCCGGAGUGAUGGGGCAACAGAAAGAAACAAGACCGACCCCUGAUUCACUUGCAAGGAGACCUCGCGUACUCAGACUGCAGUGGUGCGAUAUCAUGUAUGUCUCAUAGACGAGAGGAUACACGGAUGGAAGCCGCAUAACACAAUCAACACCCGAAUAGCCUCUUCUUCAACAUCUUCUCACUUUGUGUGCAUGCCAUGCUGUUGUUACGGAUGAGGAUGAUGAUGAGAAUGA